GCCCAGAGCCAUCCUGUGUGCCAGCACGGACAUGGUGAGAGUGCCUCAGACCCCCAAAGAAACCCAUCAGGCUUGGGGGCAGGAUAGGCCCUUCAAGCUUGGCACAGACUGGAGCCAAGACAGCUCACUGUGGCAGCCUGGCUGCUCCCCACAGAACAGUCCUGUCUGCACCUGCUUUUGGCCCUCACAGCCCCCCCGCCAUGGACCCCAACAGAGCAGGGGGUGCUGGUGCCAGCUGCUGUGGGCAGGCAGCUGCCCCUGGGACCAGAGCCAGCCAUGCUAGGUGCUGGUGCCUAAGUACUCAAGGCUGGGGCAGCCACACAUUUCCUGCUGUAGUGGUGAAUCAUGGGGUGGAACCCCAUUGUACGGAGUGUUUGUGACACGCCAGUGGGGCCAGGGUUACUGAUUGCUGAAUACAUCAGCUCCCUAAAGUAAUAAGGAAACGGAGGCCUGGUAUCUGUUCAUUUGGUGGAAAAGAGAGGAGGAGAUAACACCCAUCAGAGCGUGUGGCCUGGUGAGCUGCCCGGGAGCCACUUCUGGAACUGACAGAGGGGCAAGCUGCAGAGUGCCUCAUGUCAUCCCCUUCAGCUCUGCUCACCUGUCCUCCUGCAGAAUUGGGAUUCACGGGUCAACCCUGCGUCACCAAUGACAGGAAAAUGAACUAGCUCUAGAUCACACGCUGCCAGACCUGACAGGUUCUGUAGGCAUCUCACUGUCUCCUCUUACCUUGCCCAGUACAAAAUCUGGGUACCAGUAGCCCAUUAGAGGGGAGGUAUCUAUAUGAGAAAGAUAGCAGUAUAUGAAAAGGUCUUUGACACGUGAGCUGAGUGUCCAUGCUACAUCUUUUCCCUUCAAAGAAAGCAAUCCCAGAACAAAAAGAGAGGGAAGCUGGGACUAUGGAUGAGUAGUACACAGCAUCAGAGAUUUCAUGCCAUUAGAUGUCUAGAGCCAAAUAACCAGAGCUGCCUUAAAUUAAACAUUGAGAAAUAAUAAGUAGAAUGGUGUGUGAAGGGUCUGUUGGGCCAGGAGACCUUUACAGCAUGAUGUUUCUGCAUUGUUAUGCCAUCUUGCAUCUACUACAGCUGUCAAGUUUCAUCUGUUUUCUUGAACUCUUCUCCACACAUCUUAGGUUCUGUGGCUUUAAUCCCCAUUACUAAUGAACAGAUCCUGCUUUUAGAGAAAGCCACUCCUUUGAGAUCACUGUCCCUUUAGGAACCCCUUUCCUUUCAGAGUCCUCUCAGAGGUGUCUGUUAACAUGCAAAUGUUCUGCAAUAAUUAACCUGAUUCUAUUUCUUCUUGACCCAGUAGCAUUUGGCCUGGGAUGCUGAGGGAGCCAUACCUCGUAAUAUUCAGUAUAUCUAGAUUUCUCAAGUCCACGUCCUCUUUUGCCAUCUUUUGCAAACAUAACACUGCUUUUUGACCACACCUAUGUUUUCCUGGAUGCAAUAGCAAACUAGCAUUAAACCACAAAUGUGCUGGUAUCGUUUUUCAGGUAUUAUACUCACAGAUGCUUUGCGUCAUAGUGUGGGUGUAGUCCAGAGCACCCUGCCAGCCAUACAAACUAGCCUAAGCUGAUGUUUGGAGAUGCUUUGUGCCAAAGAAAACCCCUUCAGCAAUGAGACCAAGGAAGAAGUCAAGACACUGUCCUGAAGCUGCUCUUUGCAGAUGCUCAGACAAGGUCUGCAGGGCUUUAGUAGAACUCCCUGAGAGCCCUUAUGACUGAUGGUGGGAAAGUAACGGAAGAUUGGUGAGGAGGAUUGUAGACAAAUCCAAGUGACUUGCAGCUGAGGUGAGGUGUAGAAAAACACAUGUAUUGUACUAGUUGUUGUUUAGCCUUGUGUGUUUGAUGAGUAGUACAUCUGUGUUUAGGUAAUGCAGGCCUGUGAUAGACUGAGAAACACCCCACUGAACAUGCUUGGGAUUCCUGCUCUGAUGUGGUAAAUAUCAGUGGUAAACUAUGCCUGCAAUAAUCCCUGAUAUGCAGGUGAAAACAGCAGGUUUGGUGACCCUUGAGCAAGGACCAGGCUCCGCAGUGCUGGCAUCCCUGUUUUUGUGCCUCUUGCUUUGGGUACUGCUUUGAGGAUCCUCUGGUUGGUGAGCUUUAGUGGUGUCAGCUAGAAAGCAACUGAACUCCCUCUGCUUUGAAAGGGAGACAUCUUUCUGUAGCAUCUGCUUUUGAUGAUGGCAGAAGACAGGGCAUGGGGUUAGUCAAACCUUACAGCUGAGUCGGUUUCACUGCUCCAGAAAACCUCCAGCCCGGCAGAAUUCACGUCCUUUUCAAAGACAGCUUGUGCAGUGGUUGUCACAAUGUCAUUGGUAUUGUGACAGCUUUCUAAAACCCUGUGCCUUCAGAGAAAUUCACAGGAGCCUGAUGCACCACAUCCUGCCUUCUUCGUGAUCCUGUGAUGCUGAACUUCCUCUGUCUCUGCAGGUCCUUUGCAACCAUGCUGAAGCCUAGAAGAGUGCACGUGCUCCUGAUCCUGGUAGUUCUGUCCUUCCUACUGAUCCACUUCCUGCCCUGCAGCAACAAUGCCCCCAUGGAAGAAAAACCUUCUCCAGUCCACAUCCUCAUUCUCUCCACCUGGCGAUCAGGAUCUUCCUUCACUGGACAAAUCUUCAGCCAGCACCCCAGCGUUUUCUACCUGAUGGAGCCCGCGUGGCAUGUCUGGGUCAAGAUGUACCAGAACAGUGCCAAAGUCUUACACAUGGCAGUGCGGGACUUAGUUAGGUCGGUCUUUCUGUGUGACAUGUCUGUGUUUGAUGCUUACAUGUCUAGCCAGAAGAAAAAGUCCGAUUUAUUUCAGUGGGAGACAAGCCGAGCCUUGUGCUCCCCACCUGCCUGUGACUUGUUCAAUCGCACUGACAUAAUCACUGCAGGCAAUUGCAAAAAGAUCUGUAGCAAGUACCCAUUCAGCAAGGUGGAGGAAGCUUGUAAAACCUACAGCCAUGUUGCCAUCAAGGAGGUUCGAUUCUUUGACCUGAAAGUCCUUUACCCCCUUCUCACUGAUCCAUCCCUGAACAUCAAAAUUAUUCACUUGGUCCGUGAUCCCCGGGCUGUGUUCAGGUCCCGCGAGAAUACAGUGGCAGACCUGAAACGUGACAGUAACAUUAUUGUGGGGUCUCAGAGGACAAAGGGUGAAAUGGGGCCCUACAACACAAUGCAAGUAAUUUGCAGAAGUCAUGUUGAGAUUUAUAAGGCAGGAAGUCGGGCCACUUCCAGCUUCCUGAAAGACAGAUACUUGCUGGUUCGCUAUGAAGACAUUGUCAGAGACCCUCUGGCAAAGGCUGCUCAGAUGUACAGGUUUGCAGAACUCCAUUUCACACCAGAACUUCAGAAAUGGGUGCACAAUAUCACUCAUGGGAAAGGUCUCGGAGCACAGGCCUUUGAAAUUGGGUCUAGAGAUGCACAGAGAGUAUCUCAGGCCUGGAGGAAGACACUUCCCUUCCAGAAAAUAGAAAAAGUGCAAGAAGUGUGCAAGGAUGCGAUGGACUUGCUGGGCUACCGGCUCGUUCAAUCUGAAGAAGAGCAAAAAAAUAUGUCACUGGAUCUUUCGUUUGCCCAGAACUCCUCUGAGUAUCAAACUCCGGAGGCAGAACAGCUGGUGUCUGUACCUACUCUCUGAAGGCUGCAGAGUGCAGAACUGUCCACAAAAACAAAAGAGGACAGAGGUGCAGGCAUAGAAGUGUAAGAGCAUGUGCAUGGAUAUGCAUGCAUGCAAGGACAGGUAACAUAGGAAUCCUGACUGCAUUCACGAGAGCUCUCAGCAGCACAGGGUCACUCUCUAAGGCCCCUGGAAACUUAGCCACAAUGGAGGCUGAAGUAAUGCAAGUUUGUUCUCCAAAUUAAGUAUGUUUAGAUUGGAGCAUACAGAAUAGCAAAGCAGUGGGACCAGAUAGCAGAACUCAACCCCCCCACAUGGAAGCAAUUGCACUGCAAAGGAAGAGGAAAUAUAAAAGGAAGCUGAAUAGAGAGAACAUUAUUUGUCAUGCUGCCACACGGGACAUGUAAUGCCAGAAGAGAUGCAAGGAUGACCAACAUUUGGUUUCUGGAAAGAUGCUUUUUUUUGAACGGUUGCGUUUUCAAGCCCAGUUUUCCUUUUGCUCCAUUCCUUUGCCUGGGUAUCCAGCCUUGCUGGCAGUGUUGGGGAAAUGUUUGUGUUCAUUUAUUGUAUAACGGGAAAAUGGAAUAAACCCGCUAUUGU